GGGAGACAACGCGGAAGUGCUCAGUCAGCAGCAGCAGCAGCGUAGGAAGCCGCCGGCUUCCACUGAGCUCCGUCCGACAACAUGUCCAACAACGAGGAGAUACGAUACUGCCACAGGUUCUCCUACAUCGUCCUCAAAUUCACCCUGUUCGCGUAUUCCAUCGUCUGGUGGUUAACAGGUGGAUUUCUCCUUUCCAUUGGCAUCUAUGCUGAGGUGGAGAGACAACGCUUCAAGACGCUGGAGGGCAUGUUUUUGGCCCCAGCUGUAAUCCUGAUCGUCCUGGGAAUUAUCAUGUUUAUAGUCUCGUUGAUUGGAGUCUUGGCUUCACUGAGAGAUAAUCUAACUCUACUGAAAGUGUUCAUGUACACCCUGUCAGUUUGUCUGAUCCUGGAACUGCUCGGAGGAAUCUUGGCGCUGGUCUUCCGCAACCAGACGGUGGACUUACUGAACAAGAACAUCCGGAAGGGCAUAGUCAACUACUAUGAUGACCUGGACUUCAAAAAUAUCAUGGACUUUGUUCAGAAGAAGUUUAAGUGUUGCGGAGCUCAGGAGUACAACGACUGGCAGUUCAACAUGUACCACAACUGUUCUGCACCUGGUCCAAUGGCCUGCGGUGUCCCGUAUACCUGCUGCAUUACUACUAAGCCUAAUGAAGUGGCCAACACUAUGUGUGGCUGCAAUGUGCUCAAACAAGAGCGUUUGGACUUGAUUGAAAUCAUUCACAUCAGAGGCUGCACUGAUGCUUUCUUCAUCUGGCUGUUAGACAACUAUAAGAUCAUGGCUGGACUGCUGUUAGGGAUCUUACUGCCGCAGUUCUUUGGUGUGAUAAUCAGCUGGCUGUACAUCACGCGUGUUGAAGAUGCCAUCAGUGAGUACGGUCACUACGUGGACGGGCUACUGGGCUCACAGGGGAGGUCAGCCAAGAGUCAGGGCCGUGUGUCCAAAUGGUUUAAGUGUAUGCCGGAGUACGACUGAUGGAGCUGAGCAGAGGGCAGCAAAUGGACUCCAGUCAACACUCACAGCUGGUUAAAGCACUGGAGACGAUGCAGAGACUGUUGCAACCACUGCAGGAGUCUGCCUUCGAACUGCCGGCUCAACACCAGUGCACGUCAGCAUGUGGAAUGUUUUUUUAUUGGGAAGAAGGAAUUGUUUUGCAUCCUCAUUGUUUGGAAUUUAAUAUUCAUGUUGUUGUUAUUUUCCAGUUUUACUGUACAUUUUUGUGUAUAUACCCAGAAAAUGAAUGGUUUUAAAUGACUUUGUUGACAUGCAGUGUACUGGUGCCUGAGUGGGAAAUAAGAGCUCAUUAAGUGAUGUGCUGCACUUUGCCACAGACAAUCUCAGGGAUAAACACAGAAACCAACAUAACCACUUUUGCUCUUAGUGUUAUUAUAUAUCCUGAAAUUCAUCUGUUCACUAACUGUGUUCACUGAUGGUUUUCUACCACCAGUUAAACUAUGUGUGACGUCUUUAUACAAACUCUGCUCCUUUUAUACUGACACCACUGUUUACACUGCAACACUGUAGUGUUAAAUACACAUUGUCUGUCACCUGAAAGCAGGACUCCUUUCCUAAGUUGUAUAUUUGAACACACCCUGAGGUUUUAAAUGGAACUCUGAAUCAUACCCUGCCUGCAUAUUCCUUUUAAGAACCAUAAGUGCUCUCGGAACCCUUCAAGAUGUCUUAACAGUGGUUCCCUGCUGGAUGUUGAGAAAGAGCUCAACAUUAUCCAUUGUGAUUUGAUUUUAAAGAGAUGGAUGCUUAUGUAGUGCCUCUGCCAUAACAAGACAGAAGCUCAGGGUUUAGUUAAGUUUCCCCAGAUGCUACAUUUGCUGUUUGUGCUGAUUUGCAAAACGAAUAGAGUGCACACUUUGAGUGUCAACGUGAGGGGAGGAUUUUAGGGAAUAAGACAGGACGUGCUUUAAAAUGCAAAACCUUCAGACUUGUGACAUUCGACUUGAACCUCACAGUACGACACGUUCAAACUGGCUUGUUCCCUGACACCUGACCAAUCAGAGGACUCGAACAACCGUAUAUACGCUGUCUGAGUGCUACACUUCCAGACCCCCUCAUCACUACUUGCUCCUCCAAAAGUUACUUCAUUUGAAAAAGUGUUGCACUGAAAUAAUCCAGGCAGUCAUUACAUUGUUCUCAAACAGAAUGAGAUGAGUAAUUCAUGGCAAAUCAGUUUCAUAUAUAUACUUUGAACCCGUAUGAAACAUAUGCCUUAGAACAUGUUACAACUUGUCAUGUCUUAUGUGAAAUGAAUGUGCUUCUGAACUUAGGUUUGUUGUGAAGUUGCAAACUGAGACCAAAGAGCUCAUCGAUCUUGAAGGGAAUUUUAAUUUCACAUCUCCCUGCCUUUUCCUCCUUUUGUGGCUGCACACGACUGCACCACCACCUCUUAAUGAUAUGUCUAAUACUUUCAUCACUGCUCAAACACAAUUACAAGCAUUUCAAGUUUAAAUGAUUGCUUUAUUUUAUUUUUAAAAAGGACUUACAGAGGUUUACAUAGGAGCCCACUUUGCUUCUUAGGGUUGAAGGAGCGUUCUCACUUUAUUCCUAUUGGCAUAUUUAGCAUUUUAAGACCAAAUCUAAUAAUCCAGGUUAAUUUAACUGGUUAAUAAAGUUCAUACUUAAAUUAACUGUGUUAACUCAAUUAACUUUUACUACCUGCUUCUCACUCAAUAAACAGUGAAAAAGAUUCAACACACUGUACUGAUUUCACUGUAGAGAAGAUAAUGUGUUUUAUGCUUUAUUAUUAAAAACUACUUUAUAAAACAAACACUCAGUGCUUAAUUAAUGCAAAUGUGAUUAUGAUGAGUUAAAUGGAAACAUUUUACUAUUUAAUGAGGCGUCAGACACAUUAAGCAGCCUCGCUCCUUUUCAACCUUUUCUGAAUCUUAUGCAAACUGUGUAAUACCUAUGACAAACGAAAGUCCACAUUUGAUACAUUAGUGUGUGUAGCAUGAAAGACCAAAUAUUACAUUACAUAAAGAAUGUUUAAAAAUGUGACUUUACUAAUGAUUUUUAUGCAGUAACUACAGUCGAUUUUCACAGGGUCUAAACAUCAAUGUGCCAGUGUUUGCUUUAUAAAAGAAUAGAUGAUUAACAUUGCUGUAAUUGCGAACUUUCAAAUUCACAAAAGGUUUGUUGUCGGAGUUGCACAAAACCACAUUUAUCGAAAGAAGUAUGUUGUCUAUACAUUUUGCCUUUUGUGGGGGAUGGAAAAUAAAAAGAUGUAAUUGUGUUGUA